UUUAAAAUUAAAAUUGUAAAUAAGUAAUUAAUAUCGAUCAAAUAAUGGCAAAUUAUAGCAACAAUCCGACAAUAAACAAUCUUCUACAUGCCAAUCCAUUAUUGCGAUUUACAGAUGGAAUACUUCACUGGAUGGAUGAUUUAAAAUUAAGCAAACGUUAUACAUUAGCCAUUUUAACCUUUAUUGGUUUCAAUAUUUCUUUUGCAAUUCGUAGUAAUUAUUGUAUUAAUUAUAGCGAUAAUGAUAUUGAAGCAAAAUAUGCCGAUAAAAUGAAUGGUUGGUUUGUUCUAACAUUCUUUGUUGUGCAAAUACCAUCAGGGGUAAUCAGUUACAAAUAUUCAGCCACACGCUUAUAUGGAUUGUGUAUUUUGGGUGCUGCAAUUGUAUCAUUUCUAACUCCCAUCGUAGUUUCUUGGUAUCCACCAAUCAUCGAAAUAGGCGCAUUUUUACAAGGUAUUUUUCAGGGAGCAGCAAAUCCUGCAUUCUAUUCAAUAUGGCGUUAUUGGGCACCGCCAUUAGAACGUUCAACGUUAGUAACAUUAGGAUAUGCGGGGACAUUUUCUGGCGUCGUGAUUGGAUAUCAAUUAUCUGUAACAUUUUGUAGCAUGUUUACUUGGGAUAAGAUUUUAUAUGUUUAUGGUGUGUUGGGAGUUUUAUGGUAUCUGAUUUGGUGGUGGUUAGUCGUAGAGCAUCCAUCUGAACAUCCAAGUAUAAUAGAUCAAGAAUAUGUGUAUUUGCAACAGACAAUUGAUGUAAAACCAGAAACAUUACCAAUUCCUUGGCGAAAAAUAUUUACAAGCAUGCCUGUGUGGGCAUUAUUCGUCAGUGGUUUUUGUCGAUCGUGGUUCUUAAUUCACUUACAUCACGCAACAUAUUCGCAAGUCAACGAGCCACAACCGUUGGGGUUGGGCGUUCACAUUGAACUACAUAAUUUCCUAAUGGCAAUAUCCCUUUCAUUGGCUGGUUAUGCAGCUGACCGUGUACUUAAAGAAACGACAAUUUCGACAACAAAUUUAAGAAAAAUUUUCAUUUGUGGUGGUUUAUUAUUGAGCGCUGCAGUUUUUAUACCGACGGUUUUUGAUGUUUUAUUCACACCAAAAUAUAUAAAUAUGAUUAUGUACUUUGUGGCGAUUGUUUAUUCGAUUUCAUUGGCUGGUUACUAUGCAAAUCAUUUAGAUGUAGCUGCAAGAUAUGCGGGUAUCACAAUGGCAAUAUCGAAUGAUAUAUCAACAAUGGGAGCAUUUUUGCCACAUCAGAUAGAAUUCCAUAUAUUUACUUUAUUAAUGAGCGUUAUAAUUGUCUUUACAUUUGGGGCAAUAUUCUAUGCAGUUUAUGGAUCAGCUGAACAACAGUCUUGGGCAAUGCCAGUACAAAAUGGGGUAAAAUAUCAUUAUUUCGAUUGUUAUUCGUAGUCGAAUGAUCAAGAAGCUUACAAGAAUUUAACAUCACACGAUGACUUUACUGAUUUCAAAGAUGAAUUUAGUGAGUUCAGAAAUUUGGAAGAACGAAUUUGAUAUAUACGUC